AUGAUUACCAUGGUGGUGACCGUGGUGGUCGUCACCGUGAUGAUAACCGUGGUGGCUGCCGUGGUGGUAGCCCCAGUAACCCCAUCCACUCCGGCGACCCCACCCCCGGCUACCCCAUCUGGCGACUUCAGGGUUUGGCCUACCGGCGGCGGCGACGGGAUUCGCAGCCAUGAUAAUGAAUGCGGCAACCAAAAGCCAUGCGAAGGCAAUCAACAGACCUUGUGUCUUCACCAUGAUGGUUAA